UAUAAGUAAAACAAUUUUGUACGACAUCCAACGCACAUAUAACGAUUUUUACGCGAUUAGGGUUUAAGAUAUUUUGGUUACCUACUUACGUUACCAAAAUAUGUCCAAUGUGAAGACAAAACCUGUAAAUGACUUAGUAAUUCAAUUUUGUAACGGUGGCAAACGACCUUGCGGCCCGCCUGAUGUUAAGUACCUAUGAGCGUUUGCAACUUUAGUAGAGAUAGACGCACGUGCACAUGAAUUCUCUAAAUCGCAAAUCCAUGUCUGUGUGACUCCACGCCGCAUCAAGAAAUCAUGCCCUUGAGAAAAAUAUAUAAUAGUGUUUUUGCCUUUUUAUUAAACCGGUUUUGUAAUAUAGGUAAUGCAGGAUGGGCGCAAACAACCCGAAACAUUAUUACAUGUUAAUAUUUUGUAUAUUAUAAUUAAAACUCCUUGAGCUCAAAAUCUGGUUGGUUUCAUCCAUAUUUCGUCUGUACUUAAAUGACAAUGACAUUCAGCUUGUGCAAAAUGUCAAAACACAAAAGUGCCUUCAAAUCAUUUACAGUUUUUUAACAACCAUCCCUCCAUGUGAAACAAGUAAUAUGAAGACGCGGAGCAAGGAGCAAGCUGAAUCCCCCCAAAAUACAAAACAUGAAACCAUACCUCCGGGCUAACAAAACAUUAAUGGUUCAACAGCUGCGUUCCGCGUCUCGGCUGGGCCGCCUGCGCCUGCUUGCGGGAGAGUUCGCCGCUGACGUGUGCACCAUGUGGCGCUACGGCGCGCCUUUCCCCACCUUCCUCAAAAUUGUAGGCACGCUCGUCAUGUGCCUACUGUUCAUGAUGCCUAUUCUCUACCCGCUCUUUGUGAUUAUGAUUACAUACUUUACAUUUGAAGGACUAUUUCUCAGUUGGUGGCUGGUGCAACCGUGGCGGUUCACACUGCUGCAAAUUGGCCAACGCGCGCUGGGGCUGGUGUUCCGGGUGCAGCGUGCGCGCGAAGUGUGGAAGGUGCGCGAGGUGCUCACGCGCGCCAUCUUGCUCGCACACUCCCUCGCCACUUCCAUCGAUUACCUCUGCGUCAUGCAGGGGCUCCUCGAUGAGGCGUAGACCGGCCGUAACUAGCGAGACAUGUGGAAGGCGCGCGAAGGGAUCACGCGCGCCUCCCUGCUUGCUCACUCCCUUGCUCUCGUCCGUCAUAACCUCUGCUUCUUUGGAAAAUAUAGAAGAUAAAUAGGCGUAAGACGGACAUUGAAGAACCAAAUUAUUUCAAGCCACUAGCCAGUAUGAUAUAUAUAUGACUUUGGAGGAUUAGUGAAUAAUCAGAUUACAAUACAAUUAAAGUUCUAACCUAAUCCGCUGAACCAAAUACUACACUUAACUAAAUGCACCGACCAUUCAGUAACAGUGUAGAAAAAAAUUAAACGGUGGAAUGGGUAAAAUGUAUUUAAACAUAAAAUUGCAAAGAUUAUUUACUAAAAAUGGAAAAUAAAGGUAAGAUUUAAUAGA